CAAAGCUCCGCCCAAUGGAACUGAACCGUAUCAAAAACUCGAUGGCCGUUGGGGACCGGUGAAAAUCCCAUUGAGCGCAAUGCAUCUCCAGCUUUUUCCGGGUAUCGCAUGGUCAAUUUUAUGGCCGUUGGUGACAGCCAUGCAAUGUCAUGACGAAGUCGAGCUCUUACAGAAGGGCCUGGCUCCCACCAUCGAGCUGACAGCGCAAGAUGCGAUUCCCCAGCACAUGUCCGAGAUCAUGGAUGAGGCAAAAGAAGUCAUUCGCAAGGCCACCCGCGAGAUGACACAAUCCUUUGACACCAUGGAUGCCAGACUAGCGACGCUGGAGAAAGACGUUCAGACGAAUGUGGAGAAUUUUAAAGCCGCAGGCUCUGCGAAUUCCACGGUGAGUGAAAACAUGACCGCUUUCAAGGCUUUGGUGGAGGCGACGGUCACAAGUCUGCUGCCUUUCUACAAGCAAACCUCGAAGGAGGUCGCUUCAUCUUUCGAAGCUGUAACUUCUGCUCUGUCAAUGAUGGGACAGAAGGAUUCCAGGGAAAAGUUAGAUGGAGUUCAGAGCAUCGUCACAGAAAACAUGAACGAGAUGUAUCGAGUUUCAAGAGACAUGAACACCGACCUGUCAGAAGCCACGGUAGAGAAGCUCGGGCACUAUAUUGUUACCAUGAAUCGGAAACUGGGAAAUCUCGUCUCUAUAUCCGAGGGGUUGGUGUUUGAGAUUGAUGAUCGUUUAAAAGCUUUUGGAGGCAGCGCCCAAGAGUCUCUAACCUUGGCCAUUGGAGACGGGGCCGUGAACGAUCUCCAGAAGCUGUCGACGAAGUCACAUCGGAUGCUGCAUCACCUGCAGAACGUGUUGAGCCUCACGAGUGACAACUUUUCACACCUCGCCGCAGGCUUGGACAGUGAAGAAGCGGCCAAGGAGACAGGAUUCUUUGGUCGAAUCUUCCACGGGCUCAACAGUCUCUUCCGCUAGAGCGACGACCUUCUCGCGUUCCAGGCAUCUUUCGAUGUGAUUCGAUUCUGAGUAGCAGGUAGGAACAGCUGCGAAGCGCAGAUGUCCGUUUCAGUUUUCCCGGCAGCUUCAACGUGUCUCAGUGUGUGGUGUCACUAUAAGCUGUGGGGUGCAAAAUGUUGCCCGAAAAAAGGCAUGCUAAGCCGAGGGUCGUCUGAGAGGCUGUGCCGUUUCGGACCCUUAGGCUGUGUCGUUGCCCUCGUUGAGUCUAUAUGUCUAUUUCUAUCUCAAUGACUGUGUAACUUGCUCGGAGAAAUC